GAAGGCGCCUCGGGUCCGUGUGUGUGUGUGACGUCCAGCGCGAGGGAAUCAAAGAAGAGGAAUUAAACCAUUAUAUCCUAGUCCUUCCAGCGCCACCAUAUGUCAGCUGUGAAGAAGAGUAGAUGUGCUGAGCAGGAGGUGUUGGCCUGCCUGUCUCAGCACUUUAAGCAUGGGGCGUUCAAGAGUGACCUGCAGCGGAGAGCCGUGUUGGCCGUGGUGCAAGGUUCCCAGGAUGUGUUUGUGUCCAUGCCAACUGGUUCAGGAAAGUCACUGUGUUACCAGCUGCCAGCAGUGUUGGCAAGAGGAAAAGUGGCCAUUGUGGUGUCUCCCCUUAUUGCCCUCAUCAAGGAUCAGAUAGAGCACCUACAGAGAUUGAACAUUGUUGCUGAAUCCAUAAACUCCAAAAUGACGGUGAAGGAACGGAACCGUGUCAUAUCAGACCUGAACUCAGUCACGCCCUCCACUCGCCUCCUCUACAUCACCCCUGAACAGGCUGCUACAAACUUCUUCCAGAGCUUGCUGGAUCGGCUGCAGAAGUACAACAAGCUCUCUUACUUUGUGGUGGACGAGGCUCACUGUGUUAGUCAAUGGGGACAUGACUUCCGGCCAGACUUCCUUCGCCUUGGGUAUUUGCGAACCAAGAUACCCAGCAUCCCAUGGGUGGCUCUGACUGCCACAGCCACAGCGAGGGUUGUUGAGGACAUCUACCUCCAGCUUAAACUCAAGAAACCAGUGGCAAAAUUCAAGGCCUCGUGCUUCCGAUCCAAUCUUUUCUAUGAUGUUCGAUUCAAGGACUCCUUGGAAGACCCGUUUGAAGAACUGCGGGACUUUGUGGUGGAGGCGCUUGGGGAGAACUGGGAAGUGAACAGGACUGUAAAGUCUGGGUGUGGAAUCAUCUACUGUCGAACAAGAGAUGGAACCAUUGAACUUGCACGGCAGUUAUCAAGCAAAGGCGUUCCCACCAAGGCCUACCAUGCUGGUCUGAAAGCCAAAGAACGCUCACAAGUUCAGGAGGACUGGAUGGACGGCAUUGUGCCUGUCAUAACAGCCACUGUGUCCUUUGGUAUGGGGGUGGACAAGGCCUCAGUCAGGUUUGUGGCCCACUGGAGUGUCCCGCAGUCCAUGGCAGGCUAUUACCAGGAGUCUGGGCGGGCUGGGCGUGACGGCAAGCGGUCCAGGUGCAGGAUAUACUACAGCAAGAAGGAGAGAGACACUAUCUUCUUCCUCCUUCGUCAAGAUGAGAAGAAGGGAAAAGUGUAUGGCAAGACCAAGAAAGAAGAGCAAGCAAAGGUGGCCAUCAAGAGCUUUGAGCAGAUUGUCAAAUUCUGUGAAGUGCCAAUGUGCCGACACUUGGCCUUCACUCAGUACUUUGGAGAUGACAAGCCAGACUGCAGGAAAAACUGCGAUUUCUGCACCAACCGCAAGGUGACAGAAAAGCGUGUGGAGCAGUGGAAUGUGGCAGUGGUCCGCAAGGAAGCCUACAGGUUUGCUCCAGCGGCAGCUUUUGAAGAUGGCUUUGAAGACGGCAGCCUCUACGGGGGAGGAAGAAGGGGAUUAAAAAGAGAGCAGGAUGAGUACAACCAGGACGGGGAUGGAGAUGACCUGGAGAGAGCAAAGCAGCAGGAAAAGAAAGACAGGAUGACAUUGAUCAAGCAGCAGUUUGCGUUACGUAGAGGGAAAGGCAACAAAACCUCCUCCUCUUCCUCCUUCUCCUCGUCCUCUUCCUCCUCCUCCUUCUCAACGGCAAAGAGCAGACUAAAGGAGCAACGUGAGAAGCAGCAGUCGGAAAAAGAGGAGCAAGACAGAGCCAGCAGGUCCAAACUCACCAGUGCUCAGUUCACCUCCAAGAUCAAUGGCCUCAACAUAGCGACACGUGAGAGUUACCUCCAGUUAGUGUCUCAGGCUCUGUCCAAGAACUAUGAGGAGUGUUGGCAGACUGGUCAAGGCAGGAGCCACUUGAAAGAAUCCGACAUAGAAGAUGUUGCCACCAAGAUGGAGUAUCAAGUGUUUACCUCCACCAGCGUCAUGAUGAUGUAUCGCAAAGGCAUGAUGUCGCUGAUGUUGAGCCUAAAGAGGGAAACUGCAGAGAAAAAGCUGCGGACUGAACUAGCUGAGCACCAGCCCCAGCUGAGCCUUGGACAGCUGGCCAAGCAGAUUGAGUGUGACAUCAAGGACAGGCAGACAAAAAAAGGCUCAGGUUUUACAACAGCCAGUGAGGUGCUGAAGGGGCAGAAGAACCAGAAGGACAGCAAGGAAGGAUCCCCGCCCCGACUGUCCUCAAGGCGUGGUUUUGCCCUUAAACGUUCUCCAUCACGGCAGACAUCCCUCACCUCCUUCUUUUCCAAGGACACCAAGAAAACAGUUUCCAGCCUGGACCAUCAGCUCUCAGAGAGUGAAUCUGAUAAUGAGACAACAUGUGAAGAUGCCAAUGGAGGUGAGACAACAGGUGCACUUAUGAAUGGUGCAGGUGGGAUGGCUGGAGAGGAUCAUGAUUGUAGUGGUGACAGCAACUAUGAUUCAGAGGAGAACCAGGAAUUUGAGAUGGAAGAAUACUCACUCUCAGAUCUGGAGAAGGAGGAAGAGAAAGGGAAGAGGGACGAAAAGGAAAUGAUACAGGUGGCACCACUGCUGACGUGUGAUAGAAUCAACAGUUUGGGGGACAGAAAGAAUAAAUAUGAUGAAGAGAAUGGGUUUCCUGAAAGAGGAACAUUAGACCUGGAAAUAUGUACUGCUAGUGUGAAGAGUGAAAGUGACAGAAAAGUUAGUUUGGAAGAAGAAAUGGACAGUGAAAAAAUUUCAUCCCUGAAAAUUGAAAGAAAGGAUGAUAUUAAUAAAGAAAUGCUAUUUUUAAAAAGAGAAGGAAGUGUAUCAGGUUCCAGUAGCUGUGAAGUUAAAGUGAAGCAAGAAGUUGAAGUGAAGCAAGAAGUUGAAGUGAAGCAAGAGGUUGAAGUGAAGCAAGAGGUUGAAGUGAAGCAAGAAGUUGAAGUGAAGCGAGAAAUUGAAGUGAAGCGAGAAGUUGAAGGCAAGGCAGCAGCUUCUUUUGAAGCCAAAAAUGUGUCAGGUUUUAAUGAAUGUAGAGUCACAGUGAAAAAAGAGAUCAAGGAUGAGAAAACUUUUUCUUUGGAAGAUGCCAAUGUGCCAAGCUCCACUAAGUGUAAAGUUGAAUUGAAAAAAUAUGAUGAUGAGGAAAGGAGCAACAAUCAUGUAGACAAGAAACGGAGAAAGUCAACCAGCUCCAGACUUGACGACAGUGACUGUGACACUGGGAACUGUGAAGAUGAUGAUCCGGUUCGAAAAAAAAUUAAGUUGUCAAAAUCUAGUACCAGCCAAAAGAGCAUUGCUAAGCCAGACAAAAGGGCAGCUGAAACAGCCAACCAAUGGAGGAUAUCCAACAGUAGUGACAGUGACAGAAAUGCAAAAUCCCACAGAGACAAAAGUACUUGUGAAUCUUACUUAGCAAAAUCUGCCAAUUGUGUGAAAUCCAGUGGCAAUGCCAACACCAAAUUUGAACAGCGUUUGCAACACACUUACAGAGAUUCUGAGAGGAGUGACCAGAAGUACAGAAAAGAGUAUGAGAGAAAUGGGAAAACAUCUGGCAAGUGUCCAGAAGACUCCAAAAAGGAGCGUAGACAAUCUAAUGAUUCCGUGAGAGAAUCACAGAAAAGCAUAACUGCCAAAGAAAGAUUGUGGGACAAUGAAAAGAAAUGCACCAAAGAAAAAGAAAUUAGUAGAAAUUCAAGGUGUAAAAAAGAUGAUGUGGAUUUAAAGCAUUCUAAAACAGUAAUGGUGAAACAUAGAGAAACAGUUACCUCGGGUGAUAUUAAUCUCAGCACUCCAAGAGUGUCUUUGAAUUCUGUCAAAUCCUCUUCCUGCGAGAGAACAAGUACUUCAGCCCCACCAGAAGCAACAAAUGAGGGUAAAGCAGCACACAAAGGGUCCAGUAGGAGGGAGGAGAAGCAGCAGGUGGCCGAGUGGGUGGUGAAGUACCUGAUGCCCCACUACAAGAACAGCGCCAUCCACGGCAAGGAUGUCUUCAAGGCACUGGCCAGGCAGCUGUCACACAGCGGAGAUGUGGUGCAGCAGGCGCAGGCCACAGGCGAAAAGGGUGUAAGGCAGUACAUUGAUGGCAUCUUUACCAAUGGGAGAAAAAUCACCUCCGAGACAGACCUGGCGCAGCUGUGAGAGUGGACGGCCAACACUCCCCAGGGCAUGCUAGGGGCAGAAAGAUGAACAUUGUUCUGUAAGGUUUGCUUCUCUGAAACUUGUGUAUUUUCUGUUGCAUAAACUCGCCAGAUGAUCCGACAGUCACCUACAUUUAUCUCUUAAACUUGAACACAGCAUUUCCUUAUUUUUUCCCUUUAUCAUGUGGAAUAUCUCAGUAUGAUCUGCUCAACAUUUUUUAUUGGGUGCUAAUUUGCCUUAUUAUUGCAUCAUAUAUGGAAUUUUAAUUAUGUGAUAUAGGCUGUUCAUAUUCCUAAACUCAAAGACUAGUUUUAAACAGGCUCAUCAGCUUUACCUAGAUACUGAAAGGAAUUUUCCACACGAUAGAAAAAACAUUUUUUUAAAUGUUUGUAGUUGAAUGUAGGUGUUUGUAUGAGGUUGCUAAUGACACCUCUUGAGUGCGUACAUGUUUGUUUCCUUGUUCUGCAUCCUGUGCUGGGCUUGAGAGACUUACAGCCUUUAAAACAAAAGAAGGUAGAGUGAGAGAGGCUGCUGACCACCCUUCCAUUUCAGGGAGGUACAGUUCAUGAAUGAAAUACACGAACAUGUAAACUAGGGACUUGUUGUGGGUGCCUGCUCUAAGGAAGCUCCUUGAGGAAACAGGAUGUCAGAGCCAUAGGUAGACAGACCAGUAUGCACUAAUGACUUUAAAAGUGAACAGGAAUGACCCUUGAUCUCAUCACUUGCUGAAGCAGUGCACUCAGGGUCUGGGGCUGCAUGAGGGUGAAGCAGUGCACUGUGGACAGGGAUAGUUUUAGGUACAAGUAAAAUAUAUAAAUAACUGCUUCAGUUUUCUUUUGUGUGCAGGGGUUCCCAAAUAUUUAUCCCUUUAAGAAAUAAUGAUGCUCCUGAUUUUGUAUAUUGUAAUAUAAUCUUACUACCCUCUGUGAAUACCAAACCAGGGGGCUCAGGUAUGUUAUGGGGCCCCAAGCCAUGAAACAGCUUGGGCCUCCUGAAAAGUAAAACCAGCACUGGCUAUGGAACCAUGUUCCUGUCACUUAACAUUCCUUAUUGUGUGCAGGUAUGCACUUGUAUAACUAUAUAUACUAAGGUUAUGGUUGUGCACUUUCCAGGUAUACAUAAGUGUUUUGGAAUGCCUAAAGUAGAAAUGCGAGGGAUGUGAUUUACAACACAACUUCAAAUUAAAAACUAUGUUUUCUAA